UUUAUUAAUGUCACAUAAACCAUCUCAUAACCCUGCUCUUUUUGAUUAAUAUAUUCAAUAUGAUGGUCCUGAAGGAGAAGGAUUUAGAAUAGCCCAAUCAGAUAACUCUGCUGAUAUUUAUAUUGUAGAUGAUUAUGGUGGUUGGGUUGAUAAAGAAUUAAAUUAUUAUGAUAGAGAUGGAGAACCUGCAGGAUACUUUGAUUAAGAUUAUAACUUUUAUGAUAUGUAAGGAUACAGAAUUCCGGGUGGUUUUAAGGGUGGAAAAUCUAUUGAGAGAGAAAUUAAAAAAAAAUAAAAAUACCUUGAUAGUGUUCCAGAUAAUACUAAGUAAAAGUUUGGUAAUUUCUAUGUCCUUAUAUUAAGUUGUUGAAAUCUAAAAUCUACCUUCCAACACAGUACCUAUUUAAAUCAUCAAUUAUAUUCUUGAUAGAUGUGAUUUGAAAUAGGCCCAAAUCGAAGAGUGCAAAAAAGUACAAAAAUAAGCUACUAAAGGUUAUGUUGUUGUUACAGGAGCAGACAAAGUUUAAAAGUUAUUAAUUUUAGAAGGACGAAAAUUUAGAUUGUAAGAUAAAGUAACCAAUAUUCCAAAUAAUUAGGAUGGUAAAUAUACAAGCAAAGAAAUUUAAAUAUUUGUUAGAGAAGCAAAAUUUAACAAUGGAAAACAAUUCCCAAACAAUAAUAAUAAUUCUAAAUAUAAUCAAUAAGAAUAGAUUGAAUAAGAAGAUGAUGGAUAUAAAAUUGCUUUUGAAAAUCUAGACACCAAAAAAACAAAUCAAGAAUUUAUAAACUGGAUUGUUAGUCAAACUAAUUGUGAACCAGAAGAAAUUGAACUUAAAAGACCUAACUAAAAACCAUCAGGAUAAUUCCUCUUAUAAAAUGAAAAUCUUAUGUACUUAAUUUUGAAAUAAAAUGGAAGAUAAUUUGGUGAUUCACGUAUUACUUUUAAACAAAGUAUUUUAUUCUCUUAUUAUAAUUUUAGUAUCCAAAUAAUGAGGUUUGGAAGAAUUAAUAGAGAUGUGCA